AUUAAAUCGCGCGCAUGUGCAGUGGCAGAGGUGGUUGUUUGCUUGGAGCCGGGGUGCCAGCAGUUAGGUGCUGCUGGGCUGUGAUUCCGAAUUAUGCUGGGCACGAAACCUUCUGUAUUCCUGUUAAUGGUCAACGGACAAAUCGAGAGCGCAGAUUUUCCUGAAUUUGAUGAGCUGUAUUGCAAAUAUUCCUAUGUAUAUGGGCACGACUGGGCUCCAACAACAGGUUUGGAGGAAGGGAUUUCCCAAAUAACAUCAAAAAGUAAGGAUUGCAAUCAAUGCUUUGUGUGGAAUUUUCCCAUGGAGAUCACAUUCAAGAGCACCAAUCCAUAUGGUUGGCCUCAGAUAGUAGUAAGUGUUUAUGGACCUGAUCUGUUUGGAAAUGAUGUGGUCCGUGGCUAUGGAGCUGUUCAUGUUCCUAUGACUCCUGGAAUGCACAAGAGAACCAUUCCAAUGUUUGUUCCUGAGUCGUCCUCAAGACUGCAAAAAUUUACAAGCUGGCUCAUGGGAAGACGUCCUGAAUUCACAGAUGCUAAACUGGUUGCACAAGGAGAAGGAAGAGAAGUUACAAGGGUUCUGUCUCAAGGCUUUGUUACCAUCUCCUUCAACGUUGUCACCAAAGAUUUGAAGAAAUUGGGAUAUGAUGCAAUACCUCCUAACAAUCAGACUCUUGGAACAUCUGAUGGCUAAGUGAAACCCAUCCUGCAGAUAAUUAAUGUUUUGGAAGAUGUGACAAUUCAUUAGAACUAGGAAUGGUUACUGAUUUUAAAAACUUAUUUAUCUCCAACUAUUUCUAUUUGAUUUAAGGCCAAUUUGAGAUGUUAACUUAUCCACUCUGCACAGCUACUUCCCGAUCUGCUGAGUAUUCUUGUCUGUUGAAUUUCAAACUGGUUAACAUUGUCUGUUUAAAUUUUGUUUUAACUGAACUGCCUCAGCCUACUGUGUUCUGACUAAAUACAAUUAAUGGCUGCAGGGUGAACUAAAUAUGUUUCACAAUAUUUCAUUUUCUGAGAGAUCAGUGUACCUCAAAAGACGACACUGGCUCAUGUUCUUACAAUCUUUAAUUGGUAAGAUAUGGAUAAGUUCAUUGAAGAUCCCAGUCCAAGAGUAAACAUCUUGUGAUGAAAGGUCAGUUUUCUCUACAAGUUUAAUAAAAAAGCUAGCAAGCAAUUUGGAAAAGUCCUGAAACAUUAAUGUGAAAUAUUUAAAACAAAUGGGUGAACUACCCUGUUUCAGCAAUAUGCCUCUGAAAGUUAAUACACAUUAGCCUUGCUAUCAAUACAUUUGUUCUGGUAAGAUUAGAUUACUUAGCAAUAAUACACUUGCCUACAAGGUAAUCCUACCCAACAAGCAAAAGAUCACCCUAUCUCAUCUGAAAUAUUCUAAUAGGAUUAAAGGGCUUUAAGGAUUGACUGCAUGUACUGUUAAAUCAACGCAAGAUAUAUUUACUGCAUUCUUGAUGUCAUUUGCUGCAACUAAAGGUCUGAAAUGUUUUUGUAAAACUCAUUUGUAACUAGUUAUGAUAUUGUUAGCUUAAUAGUUUAACUUCAAUACAUUUCUUUUCAGAUGAACUAUUUAUAAAAACACUAAUGAAAAUUUGACUAAUGACAUUUUUGUCAUUAAGACUUCAGCUAAAUCAUGAUAGCUGUGCUCAUGAGAAUAGCACUCUUUACUUGAUUAAAUGAGGAAUGAAAGUAUUUAAUUCUAGCCAAGAAAAUCGUUUUUGUAAGUGCUUGUGAAGUGAUAGGACUAAUGCUUGGAGAAUGAGAAGGCUAGCACCAUGAACAGUUGAAAUCUACUUAUAUCCUGGUCUUGUGUAUAGCACAUUCACUUGGUAAAAUAUAGAGAAAGGCAACAUUUGUCAUUAAGUUAGGAAGUACAGAAAUAAUAGUUAAAAUAUGGAUCAUAACAGGUUGUCCACAGUGCAUCAAUUUGUGUCUGUUUUUUUUAUUUUUACAAUUUAAAUUUCCUUUAAAAUUGACACUUCUACUGCUCUCCUAUUUGUGGCAAGCUGGCAGUCCUUCCAAUUCAUCUUGUCAACUGAUUCUAUAAAUUCAGACUUUUACCCAUGGCUUUACAAAUCGAGAAGUCCUUGUUGACUGUGGGAUCAAUGCCCACACUUUAGUUACAUCAAAAGGAUAAAGGCUAGUCAAGCGGGUUCAAUUUUCAAUACCAAUGCUGACUGUAUAAUAUUUUGUUUAUAAAUGGCCUCAAAUAAUUACAUAUUAAGAGUAAAGGUUCCAUUUAAUGCCAACUAUAGUUUGUUACAAUAAUUAUUAUAGAUUGGUGAUUACUAAUUAUAAAAUAGAAGAUAGAACCUUAGUUGGUACCAGCUAUCCAAUACUAUUCACUUUCCUAGUGAUUAAUUAUAAGAGAGCAGUGAGGUAUUAUCUUUAUUUUAAAAAGUAGUUAAAGAGAUGAACGUUUUGACCUGAUAAAGGUGUACAAGAUGAUGAGAGGCAUCGAUAGUGUGGAUAGUCAGAGGCUUUUUCCCCAGGGCUGAAAUGGUUACCGCAAGAGGACAUAGGUUUAAGGUGCUGGGGAGUAGGUACAAAGGAAAUGUCAGGAGUACGUAUUUUACUCAGAGUGGUGAGUGCGUGGAAUGGGCUGCCAGCGAUGGUGGCGGAGGUGGAUACGAUAGGGUCUUUUAAGAGACUUUUGGAUAGGUACAUGAAGCUUAGAAAAACUAGAGGGCUGUGGGUAAGCCUAGUAAUUUCUAAGGUCACGACAUGUUCAGCACAACUUUGUGGGCCGAAGGGCCUGUGGAUUUUCUAUGUUUAUGUUUCUAAUGUUGUUUUCAAAUGUUUAUUAUAUUUGCCAAUCAUAUUAUUAGGUUGUGUGGCUAUUAUUUAUUGCUUUAAACUGUUAUGGGUUUAUAUUUGGAUUUUAUUCUUUUAACUAAUUUAAAACUCACCUUGCACCUCUGUUUAGAAUUCAUUUUAGGUUUUGCUGGAAAUCCAUUCAUCUCAUUCAUCCUCGAAGGAGAAGGUUGACGUAAUGUACCUCAAAAUAAAACAGCUCAAAAUCA